AUGGGAGGCAAAGUGGUCGCUUCGGUUAAGGUCUCAAAGAAAGAAGUACCCACUGUCAAAUUUAUUGCACGAAAGCGGUGGUUUGUGGCUGCGUCACUUGAUUGUUUUAUCCAUGUGUACAAGUAUGAAAAGGAACUCCAAAAGGUCACGAGUUUCAAAGUUAAGGAUGGUGACGUCUCCUGCUGUACAUUAGACGUUCAUCCGACCCAGCCGUAUGUGCUGUUAGGGUGUGAUAGGCAAAUAAAGCUUUGGGACUGGGACCAGGACUGGAAUUGCAUACAGACAUUUGAAGAACACUGGUAUUCUAUUAGUGAACUAAAAUUUAACCCAGAGGACACCAACAGUUUUGCAAGUGUUUCCAGUGAUGAUAGAGUAAAGGUUUGGAGUCUUGAUUCUCCCAAAUCCAAGUAUACUCUGCCUGGGCAUUCACAUCACGUGUACAGCGUGGAUUUCUUCAAGCGUGAUGGUCAGCAGUAUUUGAUUAGUGGCUGUAAAGACAAGACUGCCAAGAUAUGGGACUUGCAGAAGGAGUGUGUUCAUACACUCCAACAUGAAUGUGACGUCAAUUCCGUCUUUGCCCAUCCCAGUCUUCCAGUUUUAAUGACAGGUGGUGAAGAUGGUGUUGUUCGUGUGUGGAGCUCCACUGAUUUCAGGCUGAAGACAAAGCUUGGGGUCAGUAUGGUUGGGGCCAAAAUUCUUGGUUUCGCAUGUUUGACGGGGUCAGAAAGGGUUGCAGUUGCACACUACUAUGGAGUGUCGGUGAUGGAAAUUCAUGAUGAAGGACAGGGUGGUACUGAAGCCAGCAACGAGAAAUCCAUAUCAGCUAUAUAUUCUUAGGAAACCCAGCGCCAAUCGAGAGGACUGCUAAUCCCAAAAUUGGAACGAUUGAUUGGAGAUGAACGGCACCUGUUCAAGCAGAGCUAGUCAACUCUCUCGCUUUGGGGAAGCAGGUGGCAACCGUUUGUGUGCAGAAGAUGACGAUCUUAUGAAGAUUAGUUUUUGUUGUCCUUGAGGAAAUUGCACUUCCGUCUGUACGUGCGUGAUGACUGGUGACUAAAGCACAUAUAAACGUGUAAAUUGAAAAUCUCAAUGCCGGAGAUCUAAUUGACUGGUAGAUUGCAGGUGAACUAAUUUCCUUCUUGUUAAUUAGAGCAUAGUUAGGUAAAGGUAAGAAGUAUGCAUGCACAUGUUGUGUGCUCCUAAAUCUAAUUAGCACACGUCGAGCGGGCAGCCGUGUUUUUAGAAAAGUGUUUGU